UGAAAACAAAAAACCUUUAUUUUGGAUGCAAUUAAUCGCGAUUAAUCCUUUGAUAGCACAAACUGCAAUAUAUAUGCACUGUUGCUUUUGACUUUCAAAUAGCCAAGUGAAUAAGCAAAAUGUAAAGCACUGGUACAGAGGUGUAGAUAAAUUGUGGUCUAAUGUGGCAGACUAUCUUUUGCCCAGUUCCCUCCCUCUGAACAUGAGUGAUACUCGCAAACUUAUCAUUCAGGAACCUUACAGACACAGGACACUCUAGAAGGUUCCUGUUGCUCAACAUCACUUUCAAUGCACGACGAGUCAAAAAAGCAACUUUUUAAACUGUUAACCACAGAGGGUACAUUAAUGGGUGUGGAUUAGUUGUUUCAUGCUUAAAAAACACACACGUGUCAUAAACAUGCAUUUACGUUUUACCAUUUGGCCUAAAAUUAGGACCUACCUGCCUUGCCACUAAGUAACAGUUACAGUCUUCAGUAUUUGGUAAAUCAACAAAUUGCUAUUUGUGCAACAUUUGCCUGGAAAAAAACCCUGAUGUGAAACAGAGACAAGCUUAGCAGUAAUAAUCUGACUUGUACUGCUUACUGAUGCCGAUACGAACUGUGUUUCCCCUUCCUCUGUAUCACAGAGCAACAUUGAUGCAACUUCCCUGUGUCAAGUCUUAUAAGUCAUUGCCCUUUGAAAAAGCUGUCGAGCUUAAUGGCUGUUAAAACCAGUACAUCUUCUGUUCUGAAACACCAAACCAACCCCAAACCCACACCAUUAUCAUCCAGAUGUUUAAUAGAGUGUGUUUAAUACAGCAGCGGAUGAUUGUAGUCUUUUAAUAGCGAAUUAUAGAGAGUACAAAGAGUCGACUCAAAUGUAAAGUGGUGAUAAAGCUCACAUUUGUCAGAGUUUUCAUCUCAAACUUGUUGACAAGCUUUUGAAGGUGUUAAAAGGCGGUGUUGGUGGCAAAAGAAGAAACCAGGAAAUGCUUGCAUGCUGUUUAAAAUAGGCAGUUCAGUUUCUCUACCACAGAACACAGACGACUCAGCAUUUAACGACUAUGUGAGAGAAGCUCAGUGCGGAGGCAUUGAAUGUAAUGAGGAACAGAACUAACUGAGAUGUUGUUUUAAAGGACACUGAAAUACAGUACAAAUAUAAAAGAACAUGCCAGACAGCAUUCUGGAGGAGAUUUUUAUAAAACGGUCCCAGCAGAAGAAGAAGACCUCACCUUUAAACUUCAAAGAAAGGCUGUUUGUACUUACACAUGAUAAGAUAUCCUACUACGACUAUGAUGCAGAAAAAGGGAAGAGAAAAGGCCUGAAAGGUUAUGUGGACGUUGAAAAGAUCAGAUGUGUGGAGAUUGUUUUACCAGAAGACAGCGCACCGCCUGACCGACUCUUUCCAUUUCAGAUAAUCUAUGACGAAGGGCCUCUUUAUGUUUUUGCUAAGUCGGAUCUAAUUCGAAAGCACUGGAUAAAUGAGUUAAAAAAUGUGGUGCGAUUCAACAAGGACCUUAUGCAGAAGUAUCACCCGUGCUUCUGGGAAGAUGGUAUGUGGAAGUGUUGUCAGCAGGAAGUGAAGCAGGCAAUGGGCUGCAGGGUCCUGGAGACUAAAAAUGGAGGUUUUUUCAAAAGGGGUUCGAAGAAUCGUGAUUCCAGGAAGCCUCUCCCACCAACACCUGAGGAGGAAAAGCCACCCAGGCCUUUGCCCCCCCAGCCACCCAUGGUCACCCCGGGCUUUAGUGUGGGCAUGACUGUUGUAGCUGAAUAUGAAUACGCACCAAUGACUUCCAAUGACUUGGAGCUGAGAAAAGAUGAGGAGUACACACUCUUAGAAAUCAAUGAUCCAAAUUGGUUUAAAGCUAGAGAUAAAUACGGAAAGGAAGGAUACAUCCCAAGUAACUACAUCGCUCAGGCCUUAAAUGGAUUGGAGAAAUAUGACUGGUACUGCAAGAACAUCAACCGCAGCCAGGCAGAGAAUUUGCUAAAAACAGAAAAUAAAGAUGGUGGGUUUUUGGUGAGAGACUCUGGCAAAUUCACUGGAAAAUACACUGUCUCUGUGUUCACCAAGGCUGGUGGGGAGACUGCUGGCAGCUGCAGACACUACAACAUAUGCGUCACUGCAGAAGGCCAAUUCUAUUUAGCGGAGAAGCACAACUUCAGCAGUAUCCCAGAACUUAUUAAUUACCAUCAGCAUAAUGCAGCAGGUCUGGUGAGCAGACUAAAAUACAUUGUGUCAGAUCGGGCUCGGAAUGCUCCCUGCACUGCUGGUCUGGGUUAUGGAAGUUGGGAGAUUGAUCCCCGUCAGCUUACAUUUAUCAGAGAACUUGGCAAUGGUCAGUUUGGAGUGGUAAAAUAUGGCAAAUGGCAAGGCCGUCAUGACGUGGCCAUAAAAAUGGUCAAAGAGGGCUCGAUGUCAGAGGAUGAUUUCAUUGAGGAGGCCAAGGUCAUGAUGAAACUGUGUCACGGAAACCUGGUGCAGCUCUAUGGCGUCUGCACGAAACAACGACCCAUCUACAUAGUCACAGAAUAUCUUGCCAAUGGAUGUCUGCUGAAUUACCUCCGGGAUGUUCUGCAGCACCCCUCAAGUAUUCUGCUCCUUGAGAUGUGUAAAGAUGUCAGCGAAGGCAUGGCCUACUUAGAGGCCAAUCAGUACAUCCACAGAGAUCUGGCUGCAAGGAACUGUUUAGUAGACUCAAACGGAACCAUUAAAGUGACAGAUUUUGGAUUGUCCAGGUAUGUUCUGGAUGAUGAAUACACCAGCUCCGUAGGUUCAAAGUUUCCAGUGCGCUGGUCGCCUCCUGAGGUCCUACUUUACUGCAAGUUCAGCAGCAAGUCAGAUAUCUGGGCAUUUGGUGUUUUGAUGUGGGAGGUGUACACUUUGGGCAGAAUGCCAUACGAUCGGUGGAACAACACAGAGAUAGUAGAGAAAAUUACAGCAGGUCAUCGGCUUUAUCGCCCCCAGCUGGCCAAUGACAAAGUUUAUAUCAUUAUGAACAACUGCUGGCAUGAGAGACCAGAUGAGCGGCCCACAUUCGUGGAUCUUGUCACGACCAUCAAGGAUUUGCUUUUCAACAUGUAAUACAGACAACUAUUGUGCAAGCUUGGACAUCAAGGAUACAGUCCAUCACACCGAUAGUCUUGUGUAUGUGUAUGGCAUAGCAAGAAUCAUUAUUAAGUCUUGAAUAACCUCCUUAAUUUCUUUUAUCUAAGGAACCCAGUAAUGUGAAUUCAGAGUUGUACACUUCUUGGAUACAUUAGUAUGAGUUUAAAAUGUUAAAAAGGAGAAAAAAAAGGAGACUGGAAUGUGAUUUCUCAUGUAACGUUGCAGUCUUUCCUUACAUUUUCCGCAAAGCUUUGAUAUAUUAUGAAAUUCCUAAGUUUCAUAUCUACAUCAAAAGCUACGCUUUAAUAUUACUGAAAUGAUUAAUAACCAGCAGCAACAACAAUACAAAUAAAAAAAUCAUGACUGUAAUGUACAUGUACAUAUAAAUAAUGGCUGUGUUGAUUUUUAUUAAUUUGGCUGUGUAUUUAUAUACAAAAAAAUAUAUAUAAAUAAGUAAACUUUAGUAUAACAAAGUACAAUGUAGAAGAAUUCUUCCAUUCUUAAUGUGUAAAUAUAUUUUUUCACCUUCUUUUCUGUGGUUGAAAUCUGAUGGUUAUUUAAUUACAGACUACACUUUGUCUUUUUCAUCAGGCUUUGUAUUAAAUAAAAUGAGAGAAGUUUCCAAUA